AUGGAGUCUGUCCAGUUGAAAAGCUUCUGCCCUGAGGGGUCAAAGGUACAGUUUUUUGCAGGAUGUUUGAGGGACAGAGCCAAAGAUUGGUGGGAGUCAGUAGGUGCCUCUUUGGGAGCCGCAGCUGUUGAGGCUAUGACUUGGUCAGACUUUGUGACCAAGUUUAGGGCUGAGUAUGCACCGAAAGUGGAGCUUCACCAGCUGGCCAGAGAGUUCCUUGACAUGAGACAGACGACAGGGAUAGUGGCGGGGAUUACCGCAAAAUUCCGGGAGAGGGCCUUGUUGUUGCCUCAGUAUGCAGGAGAUGAGGAGAUGCGGAAGACCCGUUAUCACGACAUGUUGAGGGCUAGUAUUCGUGAGCAUGUCAGCUACUUAGCAUACCCAACCCUAGAUUCCAUGAUUGCCAGUGAGAGUGUGAGGGAGAUUGAUAUAGAGCACCUCAUGAAGAGGAAUACAGCAGAGGGGCAGGAUACUGGGGUUUCGGGGAAGAAACUCAAGGGAUCCGACAGACCGAAGGGCCAUCAGGGUCGAAGCCGCUGCGGGAAAUGCGGCAAGCCGCAUGAGGGGGUAUGUAGACUAGGCUCAUCGGGCUGCUAUAAGUGCGGCAAGACUGGAUACUUUGGCAAGGAUUGUACUGCCACCACCCCCACCUUCCAAACAUCAGAUUUGAUUUACUUCCGCUGCAAUCAGAAGGGCCAUAUAAAGGCCGACUGCCUGAGAUUGACAAUAGCAUCAACGCCAGUGGCGGUGCCAGCUCCAACGACCAUAUGUCUUACUGAUGGUUGGCAGGGCAAGACAGAGGCUCCAGUGAUGAGGAGUCGAGCCUUUCUGUUGACUACCGAGGAGGCAGGCGCCGCACCCGAUAUGGUGACGGGUAUAAUUUCUUCUCCCUAG